AUGAGCCGGCGCGUGGUUCGGCAGAGCAAGUUCCGCCACGUGUUUGGACAGGCGGCAAAGGCUGACCAGGCCUACGAGGACAUCCGUGUGUCCAAGGUCACAUGGGACAGCUCCUUCUGUGCCGUCAACCCCAAAUUCCUGGCCAUUAUUGUGGAGGCUGGGGGUGGAGGUGCCUUCAUCGUCCUGCCUCUGGCCAAGACAGGGCGAGUGGAUAAGAACUACCCACUGGUCACUGGGCACACUGCCCCUGUGCUGGACAUUGACUGGUGCCCGCACAAUGACAACGUCAUCGCCAGUGCCUCAGACGACACCACCAUCAUGGUGUGGCAGAUUCCAGACUAUACCCCUGUGCGCAACAUCACAGAGCCCAUCAUCACACUGGAGGGCCACUCCAAACGUGUGGGCAUCCUUUCCUGGCACCCCACUGCCCGGAAUGUCCUGCUCAGUGCAGGUGGUGACAAUGUGAUCAUCGUCUGGAACGUGGGCACUGGGGAGGUGCUCCUGAGUCUAGACGACAUGCAUCCGGACGUCAUCCACAGCGUGUGCUGGAACACCAACGGGAGCCUGCUAGCCACCACCUGCAAGGACAAGACCCUGCGAAUCAUCGACCCGCGCAAGGGCCAGGUGGUGGCGGAGCGAGCCCGGCCUCACGAGGGCGCCCGCCCGCUGCGGGCCGUCUUCACCACAGACGGGAAGCUGCUCAGCACCGGCUUCAGCAGGAUGAGUGAGCGGCAACUCGCGCUCUGGGACCCGAACAACUUCGAGGAGCCAGUGGCGCUGCAGGAGAUGGACACAAGCAACGGGGUCCUACUGCCUUUCUACGAUCCCGACUCCAGCAUCGUCUACCUGUGCGGAAAGGGCGACAGCAGCAUUCGGUACUUUGAGAUCACCGAGGAACCGCCCUUCGUGCACUACCUGAACACCUUCAGCAGCAAGGAGCCGCAGAGGGGCAUGGGCUUCAUGCCCAAGCGGGGACUCGAUGUCAGCAAGUGCGAGAUCGCACGGUUCUACAAGUUGCACGAAAGAAAAUGUGAACCCAUCGUCAUGACUGUGCCCCGCAAGUCAGACCUGUUCCAGGACGACCUUUACCCAGAUACACCGGGCCCCGAGCCGGCCCUAGAAGCGGACGAAUGGCUAUCAGGUCAGGACGCCGACCCCGUGCUCAUCUCAUUGAGGGACGGUUACGUGCCUCCCAAGCACCGCGAGCUCCGUGUCACCAAGCGCAACAUCCUGGACGUGCGCCCGCCCUCCGGUCCUCGUCGCAGCCAGUCAGCCAGCGAUGCCCCCUUGUCGCAGCACACCCUGGAGACGCUGCUGGAGGAGAUUAAGGCCCUGCGAGAGCAGGUGCAGGCCCAGGAGCAGCGCAUCACAUCUUUGGAGAAUAUGCUGUGCGAGCUGGUGGACGGCACGGACUAG